CUGGCUCGCCGGGCUGCCCCGGCUGCCCCGGCGCGUCGGCUGGGGACGGUCGGGGAGCCACAGCCGCCAUGCGACGUUGUACCGCGCGCCCGCUCAGCCGCCGCCUGGUGCUGCUGCUGCUGGUGGUGCUGGUGCUGCUGCUGGCGAUGCUGCUGCUGGACAAGCCCACAGGCAAUCCCUGGCUCACAGGCAUGGCUAGCUGGACCAACAUCCCGGACACCAACAAAGCACACUGGCCACCCUUCGGCGAUUACCACCACCAGUCCAACGGCAAGUAUGUCAGGGCAGCUUCGCUGGAGGCUGCUCCUCACUCUUCACGCGCGGCUCCCGCGGCAGCUACGCCCACCCAGCCGCCGCUGGUCGGCGCCGCCCCCGGUCCACCCGCGCAGGGGCAGCCGGACCCUGAGCGGUCCGGUCCAACUGCGCAGGGGCAGCCGGACCUCAACCGGCCGGUCGCCGUCGAGGCCACUGCGGUCAGGAGCCAGUCCCAGACGCAAGAGCCGCCGCUGCCCGCGGCGCCCUUUGAGGAGGCGCUGCGGGUCGUCCGCCAGGGUCUGGAGACGGACAACAGCACUAUGGCGAUACCGCUGGCGGCUUUCACGGGCCGUGCCGUGGCCGACGCCGCGGUGCGCAAGGUGCUGGUGGUGUCCACGUGGAGGAGCGGCAGCUCGUUCCUCGGCGACAUGCUCGCCUCGCAACCCCUUGCGUUUUACCUGUUCGAACCGCUGUUACUGCUCAAGUCUGCCGAAGCUGCCACCGGCGUCGUGACCAGCGCCGAGCGUCGGGUUGCCAUGCUUGGCCAGCUCCUGCGCUGCGACUACAGCGGGGCGACGAAGGAGCGCAGAGAGCUGGAGCUCGUACACGGCAGCAGCGUCAGCAUCCGGGAGGCCUGCAGACGCUUCCCGGACGCCUGCGCCAGCCGACGCUUCCUCGAGGCCGCCUGCGCCAUGCACCCCGUGCGCAUCGCCAAGACGGUGCGCAUGCGGAUGCGCUACCUGGAGCCGCUGCUGCGCGAGGAGCCGCGGCUGCGCGUCGUGCUGCUCGUCCGCGAUCCGCGCGCCGUCGUGCGUUCGCGCAGACGGAUUGCCUGGUGCCAGAACCAGUGCGCGUCAAUAAGCUCUCUGUGCGCCUGGCAGGAGGAGAGCCUGCUGGAGGUGCAGCAGCUCGAGCGCCAGUUCCCGGGUCAGUUGCUUACCGUGCGCUACGAGGAGCUGGCGCAGAGCGUAGCGCACGGCGCACGCCGCCUGUUCGCGUUCUUGGGUGUGCCUCUGGAGGAAUCGAGCGUGCGCUUCCUGCUGCAGCACUCCGGCCAGGAGAGAGAGGUGGCAGAGGUGCUGCUGGGCAGGCCCGGCCGGCCGCUCGCGCAAAACGCCGACCGCUUAGUGCCAGCCGGGGAAAGGCGCACAGUUCGGUCAAGAACUCGCUGCAGGUCGCCAACGAGUGGAGGCGGACAAUGGGUCUGACGGCGGUGCGCGUCAUCCAGCGGCAGUGUAAGGGAGCUCUCGGCCUACUGGGCUACCGGCGGUUUGAGACUCAGGCUGAGCUUAGAAACCUCACUCUACCUCUGGAAAGUUGACGUGGGUUAUGUGGCGCACAUGGGCGCAAUGAUGCCGUUGCAGAUGUAAAGCACCAGGCGUGUUCACAGCAAGCGUCAGACGCAUUUGGUCUCGCGCCUUUCCUUACCGGAUGUUGUGAGCACGCGUUGGACGCACCAUUUAAUUCGUUGCGUCUUGCGGACCGCUUAGCGGAGCAUAUGGCCAUAUCGAUGUGUGAACCCGGGUGCGUGUUCCACUCGGCGGGUGGUUUGUGUUCCACAGCACUGGAACCCCACCAGCGGAGUCGGCUAAUGGUGGUUGACGGGCGGUGCGAAGAAUGCUAUUAUUUAAGCUUGAUGUCAGCUUUUGCUUCUUGCAUUCGAGGCCCAUCGGUGAUGUUUGGCUAAAGAAUCAGGAAUUAUCCACUGGGCUUUAAUUAGCUCUUUGGGUAGUUUGGCUUCAGGGCGUGAGUAGUCAGCUAAACCAUGCGUGCAAAAACAGAGUGGAUAAAAACACAUUGGAGUUGGUAGAGGUUGCUGGAAUGAUACAAAUCAAGCCGAUAAACAGCCCGGGCAAGGGGCAACAGCGAAACUUUAGCCGACAUCAUAUGACGCAGCAGGCCGCGCACCUAGUCUGCAUCGUCAUCUUCUAUCCGACAGGAACAUAUCUCGUCAACCAACCACCUGACCGUAAGAGAUUGCGGAUCAACAGCGCUGCCAUAUCUACCGUGCAUUACCAUGACCCCGAGCACCCCCUUAGCCUCGUUACCCUCGGCCGAAGCGAGAAGGCCAAAGUCGUUAUGACCCUCCCGCAGCUCUUUUUCGGCGACUUUGACCACAUCCGUGUUUUUUUACCGCCCCGGAAACCACUGUUUGUGCGAGAACACAAUGAUCACCACGGUAUAUUUUUUUACGUUUGCAUCGCUUGGCCGUUCUCAGAACUCUUGCUUCCUCGGAAACCUUGGCCUUUUAGUUGUCCUCGACCAUCCAAAUAAAAUUGUAUUUUCAUUGCUUUCACCCCGACCCCUUCGGUCUCUGCGCCCCCGGACCGUAGUCGUGCCUAUGGCCGUUUCAGCGUCCAUUGACCAUCUCGGUUUCCACUGUCUGUCGUAUAUCACUUGACUACCUCGGCAGUCGGGACCUUCGACCGUCUCGCAGUUUAUCAUCUGUCCCUUGUUCACAAGACUGCGACGGAGAUCCCCGGCGUGCUUGAGUUUCCGGAGUAAUUGGGUUACUCGAGGCCCCUUGGGGCUCUCAGACAGCUGGCUAUCUGUACUUUGGCCCUAGACAGUCUUAAGAGCCGCUUACCGUUUCGUGGUCCUAUGGCGGGGGGG